AUGAAGACACCAAUUAAUUAAGAGCUAUUUGAACAAUAUAUUGGAAUGGGAUUUUCUAAAGAAUUGAUUUAAAUGGCAUGGGAAGAAAGUAAAACAGAGAAUGAUUUAAUUAAUACUCUACUUACAUUGGCAGAUAAAAACAAUGCUAUUUCAAAUACACCAACAGUAAAUAUAUUUUUGUAUAUAAAUUCAUUAGAAACAAGAUGAAGAGAUUUAACUAAAUUAAGCAUUAAUUGACUCUUAUAAAACUAAUCCUUAAGCAUAUACAUCUACUUUUGAAAUAGUAUCACCUGAAUAAAGAAAGAGAAAUAAUGGUGUUCCAUGCGGUCUUAAAAAUGUAGGUAAUACUUGUUAUUUUAAUGGAUUACUCUAAACAUAUUUCUUUAAUAGUGAUUUUGUUAAAAUCAUUAUGAAAUUUGAACCACCUGCCUAAAUUGAAUAAGGAAAAUAAGGAUAGUCCAUUUAAUUGGUCUAAAAUCUUUAACACUUAUUCCUUAGUAUGAUAGGAAGUGAUAAAAAAUAUGUAGAUCCAUCUGAUGUUGUUAAAAGUAUUUGUGAUGAUUUUGGAAAUGUUCUACCUAUUGGUGAUUAAAAAGAUGUUGGAGAAUUCAAUCAUUAUUUUCUUAGUAGAAUCGGAGAAGGUCUUGCUUAUAAUGAACAUUAACCUAGUAAAAUUGAAGAUAUUUAACAUGAAAGUGCAUCAUCUAUUUUAAGAUUAAAAUCUUCUACUAUUCAUGAUGAAGAUGUUGUUUCCAAAUUGUUCUUUUGUAAAAUUCAUCAUUUCUUAUAAUUUGACUAAGCAGGUGUACCUCAAAGCAGAGAUAGUACUGAACUUUAUAAUUUCAUUCCUAUUGAUUUAAAAGAUGGAAAUCUUUAUGAUGCUUUUGAUAAUUUUGUUAUUAAUUCUAUUGAAGAUUUCAAAAAUGAUUUAAGUGAAACUGUUUCUGCUACUAAAUACAAUUGGAUUUAAAAUGCUCCAUAAACACUCUCAUUUCAAAUUCAAAGAGUUACUUAUAGCAAAGAAAAAAGUGAUCUUAUUAAAUAAAAUGAUGAAUUCUAUUUUGAAGAGGAAAUCUAUUUAGAUCGUUUUUUAAAUGAAAAUAGUAAAUUAUAUCUGGAAAUUAGAAAUUAAAAUAGAGAAUUGAAAACUAUGCAAAAAAAAUUUAAAUCAGAUUUAUAAUAAUUAUCAAAAUUUGAUGAUAAAUAUGAUUUAUAAGAUAUUCUCUUAACAACUGUUAAAUUUUUAGAAAUGUAAAAUAAAGAUAAUCCUCUCAAUCCAGCUAAUUUUGGUCACUCUGAUCAAAAACAAACCAUUGAAUAAUUAUUAAAAUAUUCAUCGAAUGUCUCAAAAAGAAAAGAAGUUUUGUAAUAAUAAUAUAAUAAUCUUGAAGAAAAGAUUUAAGCUUCUUAUAAUAAUUUUAAAGAAAAUAAAUAUCAUUUAUAAUCAAUCUUAAUCCAUGAAGGAAUGGCAAGUAUAUAAUUUAUUCAUCCCUUUUAGAUUCUGGUCAUUAUUAUACCUAUAUUAAAGAUUUCAGAUUAAAUAAAUGGUUUAAAUUUAAUGACAUUCAUGUUACAGAAGAAACUAAACAAAAGGUUUUCCAAGAUGCUUUUGGUGUCAAACCAGGAAUAAAUGCAUACUUACUGAUUUAUGUGAAAAAUGAAGUAGUAUAAGAAGAAUUAAAAUAACCAAGAAGAAUGUACAAAACAAGUUAAGAAAAAGACUUUUUAUAAGAUAGUUAUGGUGGUUUUCUUAGUAAAGUUUAAAUUGAAAGUAUUACAAAAGAGAAUUAAUUGUUCUAGAAUGAAAUUAAAGAUUUUAAAUAAGCUAGAAUAAUUGAAAGAAUUGCAGAAUCAUAUCAGUCUAGAUUUGAAUUUGUAAAUGAACAUUUUCGUACUAUUGUUAAUAAGAAUUAAGCAGUUAAAUUUAAACCUCUAUUUACUUUAAAUUUUCCAAUUUACAUUAAAAGUAAGGCUACAUAAUUAUCAAAUUAAAAUACAUAACAUGAUAAUUUAGUAAAAUGGAUUAUUUUAGAUUCUGCAUUACGUGAAGUACAAGAAAACAAAGAAGGUAUUUUUGAAGGAUAAUUAAGUGAAGAUGUAUUCAUUUAUUAUUAAAUCUUAGUUUAAAAAUAAAAUCAUUAACAAAUUUUUAGCUCAAUUUAAUGAAUUUAAAAGACCUUCAGCUAAAUUGACUUAAUCUGAAUAGAAUGAUUUGAAUAAAUUUGAAUAAGAAUAUCUACAAUAUGUUAAUUUAGGAGCAUUGGCUACAAUAAUUUUAGAUAAUAUUAUAAAAAAAGAUUUUAUAUAAACCCUUUAAGUUUUAUAAAAUUUGACUAAGAAAGUGAAAAUGUUAGAUUAGUAGAAUUACUUUUUCAAAUUUGCAAAGAAUUUAAAAACUUUAUUGCCUAUAAUAAUAAUUUGUAAGAUGAUUCCAAAAGAAAGUGAGGUGAAUUUAAAAGAAUUAUAAUUAUUGUAAGCAUAUUUGGUGCAUAAUCACUUUUAAUAUGAUGAUCCAAAGUUUUGGUUAGCUGAAAUAUCAAUUAUGUUAAAUUCUAUAAUAGAGAAUCAUGAUUAAUAAGAGAUUAGAGAAAUAAUAAUAAAUGUUGAAGCUGAAAAUAAGUAAAAAGAAUGGAUGGAUUUGUUAGAGAGUAAUUCUGAGGUAUAAUUACGAUAGAUUAUUAUAGGAAGUUAAAAAUUAAUAGGCAAUGAUAAGUUCUUCUUAUGAGAUAUAUUUCUGGAGUCCAUAUCAGAAAUAAGAUAUAAUAUUUGAUAAAUUGGUAGAAGGAAUGAAUAAGCUGAAAUAAUUAUUCGAUGUAAGAUAUAUAAAAAUUAUUUUUAGCCCUAUAUAAGAAUAUAAAAGGAAAUAAAAGAGGCAUAUGCACCUCUAAUGAAAGAGGAAUUAGAAAAAUUGAUAAAAUGAUAUAUUAUAUAAA